AUGGAUACGGAAAGCUCCCAUGGACAAGACAGUGAUUUCACACAAUCACCGUGGGUGGACAUGGGCGGGUUCUCUCCCUCUCAGCAUUCACCGCCACUGGAUUAUCAUGGGUUUGGAUAUGGCGUGAUGCCCAUGGAUUCGGCCUACGAUGUGUCGAUACCACCUCCAUAUGCAUCUUUGCCAUUGACGCUGCCAUCCAGCACAUGGCCUAGCAUGCUCACUCCCGGGCAAUAUGCGGAGACAGGCAUGCCUCCGGUCCAGAUACAACCUUCCGUGACGCCCGUUGUACCCGUUCCGCCGCCGCCACCACGCAAAGCGUCCACCAGCAGCUCGACACCACGGAGGACGCUUACGGAUGAUGAUCGCCGACGCAUGUGCCUCUACCACGAGGAGAACAAGACGGCCAAGCAGACUGAUAUUGGCGUACUCCGCCAGAAAGAAAAGUACCUGAACCCAGAGGAUGGGAGUCGGUCUCCCAUUAAGCGAGCCAAAGGGAGAGUCCCUGAUAUCGAGAAGGCUUUAUCCAAUUGGGUAAGAAACUACCAGCGACAUGGCUACUCUCUCAGCGAUGAAAUGAUCAAGGAGAAAGCCCUUUUCUUCGCCAGCACCUGUGGCGCCAAUGAAGGAAAAGAAAAGGUCCUGACCACGAGCUGGCUGGAGAAAUUCAAGCAUAAAAACAAUCUGUUAGGUGCUAAAUCUCGAAAGAGUUCCUUUAGCACUACCAAGAGCGACUCCGACAGUCCCACUGGUCUAAGCAUCAAUUCGGCAUUGGCAUCCGCUGUCCAGUCUCCAACUCUCUUAUCCCCGACCUCCCCUGGCUUCGCCACGCCGUCCCCAUUGUCCCCAACACAAAGCCAGGACAACAUCAAAGCUGAGGCCCUGGCCGAGCUCAUAAGCGAUUAUCAACAGCAUAUACAAACCAAGAACGCCACAUCGCUUGAUACCACUGUGACCAGCCCAACCUCCACCUUGGUGUCGGAAAGUCCUUUCACUCCCACCAGUCAGUCCCGCAAUACCUCCGCGGAUGGCUUUCCUAACAGGCCGCGAAGCCAAACAUGUCCCCUUACCUCUGUCGACCCCGGAUCUAUGAUUCCGGAUGACCCUUCCGAGCAGGUCUCUCCGAGGACUUCCCUUCAGCCACCAUUCCCAGGGACCUUGCAAGACUCCCCCAUGGAGGACGACCAUGAUCCCAAAAAGCUACCUGGUCUUGAUACUUCGGCCAACAUGAUCAAACGCAACCGGAGCAACCCUGAGAUUCGGGCCAAGACCAUUUACCCACCGCUGUUUUCCAAGUCAACCACCGUUUCUCCUGUUAGUUCUCCGGGCUCCCCUACUCAGGAUGAGGCCCGGAAGGCACUGGAGUUGGUGAUGAAUUAUUUCGAAGCCCAACCUGCUGGUCUUGGGGCACAGGAAUACUUGACCAUUGGGAAGUUGAUGGAGCGGCUCGAACUGGCCAAAGGCCAGCAGACUACUCUUCCGGGAGGCCUCACCCGCAUUGACGAGCACGAGGAUGCUCCCCAUGUCACCAGAAAAAGAAGCAUCCACAGCCUAGGUUAG